AGAUUGUAAACAAGAACGAGAAACGUGAGGAACCUUGAAGUUUCAAGACGCAUAAAAAAUCCCUUGGCAGUUGUUCACCAGUCAACCGUAUGAAGAUGAGCAACAGCGAUGGAAGGGGAAAAGAUUGAGAUUACAUCCAAUGACAGCGGAGCCAGUCCUGAGCUGAAAGAGCGCCAUGUGGUGUCUGUGCCUUAUGUGCAACAAUGCUACCACUGGGACUGUGGACUGGCUUGUGUGUCCAUGAUCUUACAGAUGUUCAAGGAACCUUGUGAUGAUGUGUACACAAAGGACUUGGAUUUUGUCCAGUGUGGGGAAAGCGUGUGGACGAUUGACCUAGCAUAUAUCCUGAACAGGCACAAGGUGCACACCUCUAUGUACACAGUCACACUGGGGGUCCAUGAGAGUCACCACAAAAAGGCGUUCUACAAGGAGUCGAUAGGUGAGGAUGCUAUCAGGGUGAACAAAAUGUUUGACAACGCUCUGCAGAAUGGAUUGAGUGUUGAGAAAAGAAGUCUUUCAAUUGAUGAUUUGAUGGAACACUUGCAGCGGGACAACCCAGUCAUCGCCCUGGUUGACUGGACUCAGAUGAAGUGCGAGUGGUGUGAUAGCAAGCUGAAGCAGUGCUGGUCGUGCAUCACUUGCCAUGCUGGUCCAUACCAAGGCCAUUACGUGGUGGUGUGUGGAUAUGACAGACAGAAAGGGCUCAUCUACUAUAAGAAUCCAGACGCAAGAGCUCACGACAUGUGCUGUAUGCAGAUGUCCCAGUUUGACAAAGCCCGCACCAGCGAUGGGACGGAUGAGGAUAUCCUGUACAUAUACAACACGACAUUCCGGGGGGGUGAAGGAGAUAUCAGGUUCAUGGACCAUCAGGAGCAGUCAUGGGCAUCAUCUCAUCGUCGUGGCGACUCGGAGUAAUGUUUCCUGAAAGAUGCAUGCUGGUCGCCUACUCGUGUUCACACAAUCGCUCAUUUUUAAAGAAAGAUGGCGAACCGAUCUUUCUCAAGCAGAGAAGAUUCACUGGUUCUAAAUAAUGAAAAUUCUCUAUUUUUAUACUGAUAUUUUUUUUCAUGAUUUUUGUUCAAUUUGGGUUGGGUAAUGUUCUGUGGAUGUCCUUCUUCCUUGUAUCAGGGGAGGGUACUUGUAGUUUUGGCUUUUGACAUUUAUUUUUGUAGUUUUGUGUACAGGCUCUGUGUUGUUGCGAGCUUCAAGGCAUAACUUACAAAAUUUAAACAGACUCAGGAGUUUCAUUCAUUAUUUUUGGUAUCUAAUGUGUGCCCCGAUCAGAAUGAUCAUUCUUAACUAAAAUUAAUUUUUAAAGAUAUUUUAUAUUUUGUAUUUUGUAUUUUCUCUUAUCCGAGUUCAAAGGUGUG